UUCUCUCUUUUCUGAUUUCUCUCGCCGCCGUCGCGAUUCAGUAGACGUUGUUGGCCGCUGCCGCCGCCGAAUUGCACAUUGCCGCUCCGUCUCAGCCGCUACUAUUAACGUCGAGGAGAAACCAAAGCCGUCUCAGUUGGAGGGGUGACCGUUGAUUUUGUUGAAGUUCGCUUGGAAUCAGAAGAGUGAAGGGAAAUAUGGAAGGGUUGGAGUGGGAAGACGCGUCAGGAGAAUUGAGCGACGAGGAGAUUUACUUGGAAGACGAUGAUGACAACGAAGACCUUCUCAACCUGAGUGGUCAUUCAAAGAAGCUUCAGUUCAGGAGUGAUGCUUCAAAGGCCAUAUGGAACGAGGAGAUAGGAAUGGCCGAGGUGAUUGAAAAGAAAGGGAAAAUGUGGAUUACCGUGGGUAUUGUGCGAGGUGGCAAGACAUAUUGCUCAAUUGAGGAGACUAUAUUUUUGGCUGAAGUUGGGGCAUUACAUCUCCUGGACACCAACAAUGUUCAAUUCUCCUUGCAGCGCAUGUACGAGAAGAUUUCAGAAGAGAAGAAUGGUUGCGGCUGGGAGCUUUUCGAGGUUUAUAGGCACUUGAAGUCUCUUGGUUACAUCGUUGGCCGCCAUGGUGUUCCUUGGACCAUGAAGGGUUUAAAGAGUGAGAACAACUCCAGUGCUUCUCAAACCAAUCUAGACAACAACAACAAUGCGGUGGAAGGUGGAUCGAAAGAUGUAUGUUCGAUCACUGAAUUGCUCGGUAGUUUGCAGAUUGGUGGGAUGAAACCUGUCUUUGAUGUUUACCUUCCAAACAGCAAGUUCAGGAAGUCUUCACCUGGUCAACCCAACUUCCUCCUCUGCUUAAUCAGGGACAACAUGCCGCCGUCUAGAGUUAAGAUCGAAGCCCUGGAGAGUCUGUGCGACGGAAUUCCUGUAAAGUGUUGCCAUGUAGAGCACGGCCGGGUAAGCUUUUUCACCAUGAAGAAGGCCGAGCUUCCAGUACUUCCUUGAAUCCGUACCUCGACUUGAAGCUUUUUGACUGAACUUGCAAAACAUGGAGAGUGAGCAAGUCAACAUCACCAAAUUUCCUCUGCCGGAUUCUAUACGUCUCUACUCUCUCUCUCUCUUCGUUUCAAUUCCUCGAAAUCACAUAAAGAUAUCUCCUUUAUUCAUCCAUCAUAUCUGAGAUUCUGGGUAUCGUAGUUUUUCGUUAAAUUCAUAGUUCACUGAGAAGAGAACAAGUAAGAAAUGGCAGAAGAACACUUCCCGCCAUAAACACCAGAGAGCUCCAUCCAUGGCUGCUGGGAAGGAUUUUAAUACCUUCACGCAUCUCUGUUUCACAAUCUUCUGGUUCUGCUUCAUUCUGAUCUUUCAGUUUCACUGCUCAACGGCCCAGCAGCAACCACGGUUUAAAGCGGCGUACUGGCUUUCCGGCAGCGACUACCCAAUCGCCGACAUAGACUCAUCUCUCUUCACCCACCUCAUCUGCGGAUUCGUCACCAUCAACUCCUCCACCUUCCAGCUCCCCCCCACACCAUCGGAUUUCCACAACUUCACUGCCAUCGUCCGCCGUCGCAACCCCGCCGUCACGACCCUCCUCUCCGUGUGGAACGGCCAGCAACAGACCGCCCGAGCCAUCGCCGGCGAGAACGUCGCCCCUGAUUCCGUCCUCUCCGCCGCGGCUGCCACCCCUUCCCGCCGGAAUUCCUUCAUCGAGUCCACAAUUCGAACCGCCAGACUCCAUGGGUUCCAAGGAAUUGACCUGUCAUGGAUCUGGCCCAACGGCACCGACGCGGGGGCGAUCGGACCUUUACUGGACGAAUUCAGAUCCGCCAUCGAUUCCGAAUCGGAAAGCUCAAAGAAUUCGAAGCUGACCCUGACCAUGGCGGUUCGUCGCUCCCCGAAUUUCGGAUCCCUCAGCUACCCAGUUCAAUCCAUGGCGAGGAAUUUGGAUUGGGCCAAUAUCUUUGCGUUCGAUUACCACCUACCGACCAAAGAGAAUUUCACGGCGAACCACGCCGCCAUCUUCAACCCUUCCGGCGACCGAAAUGCCUCAACAGAUGCCGGAGUCAGAGAAUGGAUUCGGGUCGGGUUUCCGGCGACCAAACUGGUUCUGGGAUUGCCGUACCAUGGCUACGGCUGGAAGUUGGCGAAUCCCGGGAAUAACUCACUGGGAGCUCCGGCGACGGGACCAGAUACGACGAUCGCCGGCGAUAUGGGGUACAAGCUGAUCAAGUCUAUUAUUCAGAACUAUGGAUUUGGAGCUAGAGCGACGUAUAACUCGACUUACGUCGUGAAUUACUUCGUUGUGGGUUCGACUUGGAUCAAUUACGACGGGGUGGAAGCUAUUCGAGCGAAAGUUUCGUACGCCAUGGAAAUGAGACUCGCUGGUUUUAUUGCGUUCCAGCUGAGCAAUGACGAUAACUGGGAGCUCUCUCGCGCAGCUCAAUUGGUCGACAUGGAUGGAGGUGGAAACAGGCGGCAUUUGCUGCUGAAAAUCUUGCUCCCAAUCGCUGCAUUCAUCAUUCUAUCCGCCAUUGUUCUCUGCUACAUUCGAAACAGAGUAUUGAAGAAGCCCAAAGAAUCCAUGUUCCAUGGCGACAACAGUUCAGAACAAGCCAAAGCCUUGCGCUCCUCGUCACCCGUCUUCUUUGGCAGCAGAGAGCCUCCAAAUCUGCAGGCAUUCACCUUCUCCGAAAUCAAAGCUGCCACCAACAACUUCUCCACCGAAAACGUGCUAGGAUCUGGCGGGUUUGGCCCUGUCUACAAGGGUGUGUUGCCUAGAGGGGAGGAAAUAGCAGUGAAGAGGCUUUCAGAAUCAUCGACGCAGGGGAUUGAUGAGUUCAGGAACGAGGUUUCGCUCACUGCGAGGCUUCAGCAUGUGAAUCUGGUCAGGGUGGUGGGAUUCUGCACCGAAAUGGAAGAGAAGAUGUUGGUCUAUGAGUUCAUGCCGAACAGAAGCUUGGACUUUUAUUUAUUCGAUCCUGUGAGGAGGUUGAAGUUGGAUUGGGACAAGAGGGUUGGGAUCAUUGAAGGAGUGACUCAAGGCCUCUUGUACCUCCAAGAGUACUCGAAUUUCACUAUAAUUCACAGGGAUUUAAAGGCUAGUAAUAUUUUGCUGGACGAUGGGAUGAAGCCAAAGAUUUCUGAUUUUGGGAUGGCGAGACUGUUCAGGAAAGAUAUGGAUGAGGCCGACACUAGCAGGAUUGUCGGAACAUAGUAAGUCAUUUGCAAACAUCCCCUCUUACUAUGUCGGAACAUAGUAAGUCAUUUAAAGUACUUUGCAUAUUUGCUUGAGAAGAUUUUUCUCUAUGUUCUUACUCUAGAUGCGUGGAAUAUCUGUUUGUCGUUCAUUGCAUAUGCCUCUUAGCUUGAGAACUCCCUACAGUUGAAAUGUUUGUUGAUUGAUAUGUUUAAUGUUUUUAGUGGAUAUGUUCCUCCCGAGUACUUGAAGCAAGGCAUAUACUCGAUGAAAUAUGAUGUUUAUAGUUUUGGGGUUGUGCUCCUACAAAUUAUUAGUGGCAAAAGGACCCAACGUUACUAUGGUAUAAAUGAAGAUUUACAUCUCUUAGAACAUGCUUACGAAUCUUGGAGAACUGGCGAAGGAAUGGAAUUCUUUGACUUAGCACUGGACGAUUCUACAUCGCAUUGUAAGUUGAUGACCUGUCUACAACUAGGAUUGUUGUGCGUUCAAGAAAAUCCGAACGAUAGGCCGACAAUGUUGGAAGUAUUAUCUAUUAUGAGAAAUGGUGUUCAAGAGAUGAGUAUACCAAAAAGGCCUGCAUUUUCAACCAAAAAUGAAAGGAUGGGGGAAACUGAAUCGGGACAAACUUCUAGAUCGCAACAAGGAGUAUGUUCGUUUAAUGAUGAUGAUAUCUCUCAAGCGGAGCCUCGUUGAUUUGCAUAAUAGUUUUUUUUUUAGAAAGAUACUAACAAGAUUCUCUUGUAGACCAUUUUUCGAUUUAUGCGUUUUAUCCUUGUACAAGAGUCAUGCUAUUAUUUUCUGUAUAGUUUCAAUCAUAUAUCCUAACUUUUUUACAUAUCUUUUCUGUCAAUAAUAUUCGCCAUUAUAAAAAAAAAUGAAAAUUCUCUCAUUAAUAAUUUUGUCCAAAAGAAAAGAUAAA